AUGUCUCACAACUCGACUUUUAGACACCGUAUUAACAAUUUGCUUAUGCGUCUGGAACAGUCUGAAAUUUUAAAUAUUUGGGAUAAAGCUGGGCAGAAAUGGUCUGAUGAAACUGCAAUAGAUGAUUUGAAAAAAAUGGAAGAUAUUGAAAACUAUCAUCGACCGAUUGAGCUAGGAGAUCUGACUUUUGCAUUUUAUUUGCUGGGCAUCGGUCUAUUUUUCGCGAUCAUUUCUUUUAUUCUAGAAAAUUCAUUGAAAACUUUCGCGUUAGACAAAAUCAAAAUAAGUUCAUGGUCAUCGACAGUGAAACGAUCUACGAUACAUAUGUCUUCAUUUUUACAUGUCCGCGUGGCUAUUGUUAUCAAAAGUUAUCAAAAGUUGUACAAAACUGUAUUUCGCGAUAAAUGUAAAGAUUACAUCAACGAUACAUCAGUCGCUUGCAUUAAUCAGCGGAAUAUUUAA